CUCCGCUUACACUUUUAUAGCAUUUCCUGUUGAGUAAUGGCGUCCGUGUGAUACAGUCCUGCAGCAGAUAUUGAACAGGACCGAAGCUGUAAGAAGACUAUUAAAUCCAGUUACUAAUAUAACAGAUUUAAGCGAGAUGCCGGUGUCAGUAGGACCGUAUGGCCAGGCUCAGCCCAACUGCUUUGACCGAGUGAAGAUGGGCUUCAUGAUGGGUUUCGCAGUGGGCAUGGCUGCAGGCGCUAUGUUCGGAACCUUCUCCUGUCUCAGGAUCGGCAUGAGGGGUCGAGAGUUGAUGGGAGGAGUUGGAAAAACUAUGAUGCAAAGCGGAGGCACGUUUGGAACCUUCAUGGCGAUCGGGAUGGGCAUCCGCUGCUGAGUUCACACUAAAAUUCACCUCUUUGGGACUUUAAAUCAUUUCUGGAUUCAUUGAUUUGAUGACACAUCUUCAAGGACACGGGUUUCAAUAAAAAGAGGGAUUUGAUCCAAUCGAAUGGACAGAUUUUCUGUAGAUCCUGAGCUCAUUGUAAGAUCUAGAUGUUAGAUUAUAAUCAUUUAAAUGCAGGUUAAGGUCAACCAGAUGGAUUUGAAGUAGAGUUGCCUAUACAUUGACUCUUUGGUUGUUCAUCCUGGACACUACACACAGCCUGCAUAGACUGUAUUCUGCUGUCAGAUUUUUA